AUGGGCUUUAGAGCUGCGUCUCACGCUGGUUCCUGGUAUUCGGGCAACCGCCAGACUCUCGCGCUUCAGCUCGAUCAAUGGCUGGACAGGGUACCUGGUACGCUUGAAGGGUUGGGCUCUCUGCCAGCACCUGGUGCGCGAAUCAUCAUUGCCCCUCAUGCGGGAUACAGCUAUUCCGGACCUUGCGCCGCCUACGCCUACAAGGCUCUGGAUUUGUCCAAAGCGAAACGAAUAUUCGUUCUCGGCCCUUCGCAUCACCAUUAUUUCACAAGUCUAGCCCUUCCUACGCUGACCGGCUACUAUACCCCGCUAUCUGAUGACCCCCUCCCGCUCGAUACGGAGCUUAUCGCCAAACUCCGCUCGACACCAGCGGCCAAGUCCAAUGGCUCAACGAUCGCGUUCGAAGACAUGUCUCAAUCAGUUGAUGAAGACGAACACAGCAUCGAACUUCACCUACCAUAUAUCCAUCGCCUCCUGCAGCUCCAGCACCCGGAUAAGAAAGCCGCAGAGUAUCCCCCGCUGGUACCAAUAUUGGUAGGAAGCACCUCUAAAGCGACAGAAGCCGCCUUUGGCGCUUUACUCGCUCCAUACCUGGAAGACCCAAGUAAUGCAUUUGUUGUCAGUUCGGACUUUUGUCACUGGGGCCUCCGCUUCCGAUACACAUACUACGUUCCUCAAGCCCCCGUGCCGGGCCCGAGACUGCCGUUAUCCUCAUAUGAUUUGCCCCAGCCAGAAGAUGAUGAAACGGAAAUCGAAAGCAAAAUUGAGGUCGCCUGUGCGGGCUACCAUCUCAAGCGGCGGGACCCCAUCCGGAGAGGCAAGCCGCUUAUCCAUGAGAGUAUCUCGUCAUUUGACAUUGCGACCAUGGCCGCCAUUGCCACGGGAAAGACUGAGCGCUUCACCGAUAUUCUUGAAAAAACUGGGAAUACAGUCUGUGGUCGUCACCCAAUCGGUGUUAUUAUGGCUGCCAUUGAAGCCGCUGGAAAGCAGGAAGGAGGAAAGGGCAAGUUUCACUUUGCUCGUUACGAGCGCAGCUCGGAUAUUGGGGAGAUUGUCGAAGAUAGCUCGGUCAGCUACGUUUCGGCGUUUGCAGUGGUGUAG